AUGGCGUUAGACACCGAUCCUGGCCCGUGCCGGGCUUGCCAUCACCCUCGGCCGCCAGCAGGGCCCCGGGGGUCCGCCAUCACCAGUCUUUUGGCAAUGGAUGACGCUGCCGGUCGUGGUUGCGUCAUUUGCGGACUUCUUUCUCGUGGUCUUCGUCAGGUUGUGGCGAGGAGCCUGGUGCCAAAUCGUGUUGAUCGCGGUGAUGGUGAUGGUAAUGGUGUCGUUAAUGUUGACGACGAUGCCGUGGGCAGGCUGAGAAUUGACUUCAACAUGACAAACUCUGGGCGGAGUUUGGAGUUGCAUCUCUUUGGAUUAGGCAUCACCGUGUCAGCAAGCGUACCCACAAAAUCACCAUGGCUUCAACAGAUGCUCCCUGACCUGCCCAUAAGCCAUCAUGUGCCGGACGCAACAUCAUCCGCUACCACCUUGACAUGGAUAGAGGCAUGUUUGAAAAGUUGUGAUGACCAUCAUCUCGCCUGCAGAACAUCGUCACAGCACACUCCUAACGUGCAAAUACGGCUACUAGAUUUGGAAGCUGGAGAUCCUGCCGUCGUUCAAUUGAUCGACUCUACUAGUCAGACUGGUCAUUAUGCCUGCCUCAGCCAUUGCUGGGGCCACAGCACCAAUGCCUUCUCAACUCUAUCUACUAAUCUGGAUACCCACAAGGCUGGCAUUUCACUACAUGAGCUGCCUUUAACAUUUGCAGAAACCAUUACUCUUCUUCGAAAACUACAUAUUCGGUACCUCUGGAUCGACAGCUUGUGUAUCAUCCAGGACGAUGAGCUUGACUGGCACCAACAGGCAGCUCAAAUGGCCACAAUAUAUCGGAAUGCCUACAUGGUAGUGUCGGCCGCAAAGGCAUCAAAUGCUAAAGAUGGGCUCUAUUCAUCCGUAGCUCCCGAAUUUGCCUUGCAUCCCCUUGUUUAUUCAGACGGUGACUUUGGUCCAGAAACCAUUUGCUUCCGCCGUGCCUUUACUCACCUACCCAGCUACAUGGACCAUCGCCUUGGUGCGAAAGCUACCUCCUUCCCAACAUUCAACAGGGCUUGGAUCUUCCAGGAGCGGUUUUUAGCUACACGCGUUAUUCAUUUCGGUCCUUCAGAGCUCAUCUGGGAAUGUCACGAAUGUACAGUGUGUCAAUGUCGUGAUGGCGACAUCCUAAAUACUCAAACACCUUGCAUUGCUUCCCAGAAUCUCAAUAAACAGAUCAAUCAUAUCUCACAUCCAAAGUCGUAUUUCGGAGCGAGUGCCCUGAGCUUUCAAGCGGAGCAGGAGGUACAAAUACGAUGGCACCGUCUCGUCGAAGAAUACAGCAAACUGCACAUGUCGUACGAAAGAGAUAUCUACCCGGCCAUAUCAGGUUUGGCCCAAGUCUUCCACGCCUGCUUGAAGAUGCAAUACUGCGCUGGGCUUUGGAAAGAAAACUUAAUUGGUGACAUGGUCUGGCAUCCAGAACCAAAAUACAGGGAUGAAUCCUCUUGGUCGAAAAGACCAAGGCAUUGGCGAGCGCCAACUUGGUCAUGGGCGUCUAUCACGUCGCCUGUGAAAUAUCUAUCCGAUUCAAGCGGGCUCACAUCUUUUUGCAGCUUGGUCGAUGCUAGAUGUGUUCCAUCGGGGCAAGACCCAAUGGGGCAGCUUGUUUGCGCCGAGGCAUUAAUUCGUUCUCAUGUUAUCAAAACUACAUUUACAUACAGGACCUGGAACGAGCAGACAUCGAAGUCGCCAUGGAACCUGUUUGACUUGGAGCUAGCAAGGGGACGCAUAGCUAAUGUUUGGGCUGACUACGAUUGUUCUUUGCCAGGGGCCGAUUAUUUACCGCCCAGCAGCGAAAUCCUUGUCAUUGUUCUAGGGGAAAAGAUGUCUUCUAAAGCUCUAGAAGCAUUGCUACUAGUGCCAGGUGAUGUUUCUCCCGGCCAGUAUGAGCGUUAUGAACGCAUUGGCCUUGUGGAGUUCUCAAGGCCACCGGGGCUUAUGGGCGAAGGACUUGACCCCUGGCUGAAAUACCUGUCAUGUAGAAGUGAACAAAUAGAGAUUCGCCUCGUGUAG